ACCUAACCUCUGGGUUGGCUGUCUCUGUCUGUUUAGUGUGUGGUUAUCCUGGAUUAUAGCAUGAGUACUGUCAACAGUGAUCCAGAGAUAAUACCUAGUGAUCAGUGUAUGAUGAGCUCACUCAGUGUAUAGCCAGUUAGUGUGAGGACAUGUUAGCGGUAGUGUUUAGCCGCACGUCUCCGGUCUACAGGCCAGGGGAAUUACUCCUGGGCGAUGUCGUCAUUACCACAACUACGCAGUGCAAGAUUCUCGACCUUACAGUAAACUACUGUGGCGUCUCAUCAGUCAGUUUUGUGGUGGCUAAGGGUGAAGGCAAUGCUCGGACAUGUGAGAAAGUUGAAGAAACUGACACUCAUCUUGAUGUUUUGCACCCACUUGUCAGAAGUUACAGAGGUGUGGUAGUGGAGCCAGGUGUGCACACUUAUGACUUCAGCCUGCAGUUGCCACACCUGCUGCCUUCCUCGUACAAGAGCCCUUAUGGUCAUAUCAGCUACUAUGUCAGUGUCCAUCUCAUCACGUCUGAGGGAACCUCGGAUGUCCGAAAACCUUAUGUUGUCCGAGCUCCUGUUAACAUCAACCUGUUCCUUUCAGGCCAAAACCCCAAAUGUACAGAAAUUACUCAGAAGUAUGGGCUGAUCAGGAACAGGUCUCUCCGACUGAAGGCUUCUGUGACUAAGACUUGCUUUGUUCCGGGAGACAUAAUUUCUGUCUUCAUCGAGGCUCUCAAUGAGACCGACAGAGAUCUUCGCUACCUAUUCUGUACUCUCAAACAGAUUACCCAUGUUUUAGUCCAACUUCAAGAUGAGACCGUGAGUCGAGUAACCAAGCAGUGUCUGACAACCUUGGCUCACAAGACUACCAAGGGUAGAAGAUACCACUCGUGGCUCUGUAAACUACCCUCCCCCACCUUUCUCACUCCCACCAUAGCAGCAUCUACCAUAGUCUUUGUCACCUACUCCUUACAGGUUUCUGCGAGGCUAAAAAGAGUUCCUAUCCCUCCUGAUAUACAAAUCCCAAUAGUGUUCGGCGUCAGGGUACCAACUUCACCACAAUGCAGUCCUCAACCCAGUGAUACCAAAUUUGUACGGCGAGUCAGCCGCCAACAUAUUCCUGGGGUUCACUGUCCAAUCCAGAGAAGAAACAAUUUAAUAUCCAGUGUUGCCAAAAUGAUUAGGCAAGGUGAUAGACAAUUACCCACUGCUACCAACCCGAGACGCCGUGUGAGUGUUUUCACUCAGCCUAGGAUCAUAUUUCCCAACAUUCCAAGAAGAGGCAGUUGCCAACUAACAUUGAAUGGUGUCAGUUUAACGAGAGAAGACAGUAAUGAUUCUUUAGUGUCUGGAAUCGGCACGAGAGAAAUUCCAGUCAGUCAUUUCGAGGAUGAUUUUUCAACUCAUACAGGGAAAACUUGUGAUGAAUUAAAUGCAACAAACUUAAUGGAGGACAAUGAAUCUCUACCUAUUACUGAUAGUUUAAGAAGACAGUCAAUGACUACUAAUGACCUUGUUCAGAAUAUUUUUACAGAUUUUCAGACAACAGAAAAUGAAGAAUCUCUAACAGAUUUGAGUAGUAUGUCGUCAGAUGAUGAUGAUAAUGAAACUUCACCUCCUGCUAUAAACUUAAGAUCACUAACGGACACUAACAAUCAGUUUGAAGACAGUUUCAGUGACUUUCUGAGAACAGGUAGUUAUCAAUCCCAUCCAAAUGUUGCCAAACUGAUAAGAGAAGAUAGUGACAACUCAUUACCCACUGUCACAAAAUUAAGAAGACGGCCAAUAAUUGUCAGCAACUUGAGAAGGGGCAGCUGUCAGCUGAGGUCACGCACAUCUGACCUUCCAACCAGUGAUUCCAGUGCUACCAACAUGAGGAGAAACCCGUUUACUGUGAGCAUUCCGAGACGAGGCAGUUGCCAGCCGCACUUCUCAAGUCAAGAUAGUGAAGACAAUACUAAUUGCGAAGACAAUUCUAAUUCAUCUCCUAAUACUGAUAGUGGUCAGCAUCGCCCUCUCAGGAGAAUUAGUUGUCAGUUGCAGUUCAGUGUUACCAAUGUUGUAAGAGAAGACAGAAGUGAAACACCUCCAACUGCUACCAACCCACGGAGGCGUAUAACUAUUAGCACGCAACCACAGUUUAAUUUUACUCCUCCUCCGAGUCGUGUGAAUCAGUUGCAAUCGAUCGCUUCAAGUUUGACUCAGCGUCUGACAAAUCAGUUACAAGCUUUAAUGCCUUCUCGGUGACUCGUUAAAAGUCAAGCAGGUAGAAUUUUUGUUCUCCAAUUUCAAAAGAGUCAAUUUUAGACAGGACAUGAAACGAAUUUUAAUUAUACCUUUUAUAGUGUGACACAAAAGGCGUUCCUUGCUACAAUAGAUUAUUUUAAGUUGCCUAAAAAGUAAUAAGUGCAUGAAAAUAAAAGAUCUUGAGCGGAACCACAUAGUAAAUACUGCAAGGACUACUAAUAUAAUAUUGUUUUUAGAUGUUGUGUUCGUUUUUCUCAGAAAAUAGUUUCGAAAACAAUAAAAAUACUUACUUUAUUAAGCUCUGUUAAUCUACAUGGAGGUUUAGUGACAAAGUUUUGGUAGGAAUUGCUUAACUUACAUAAUAACUCAACUAUGUUUGCAUGAAUAAUAUAUAUUACAAGUAUAUGUAUGUCUAAAAAUGUUUAAAAUUUAACUGAC